CUAUCCGUCUGCAACCGCCAUCAGAUUCUCGGGUCACCUCCCGUCCGUUGUUGGGUAUGUCUUCCUGCAACCUGCUUCGCCUCUGCACAUCCUGCACAUCCUGCGAUCCUCCCUCCCCAUGCACGCCCGUAUCGCCGCUCGCCAAUCUGACGCUGACCAGGCCUGGCGCAUUCCGUCCAGAGAUCCCACUCGCCUCUCCCGCUUCCCACUUCCCACUUUCCAAAGCACAUAAGCGCAGCCGGUAGUGACUUGCCCUACUCGCACCCAGCCUCUCCGUCUUCUCGCCCAUCGCCCACCACCCUGACUCGGCCCUACGAACCAUCCAUGGUGCGCCUCGCUGACUGACGAGAGAGAGAGAGAGAAAGAGUGAAAGUGAGAGAGUGAAAGUGAGAGAGUGAAAGAGAGAGAGACGGAGAGAGAGAGAGAGAGAGAGAGAGAGACGGAGAGAGAAAGAGAGAGGGACACACAUCCACAGGCAGCCCGACAGAGAGUGCUGAGGGUAUUCCGUCGCUCUCCUACCCCCCCUUCGGUGCCUGCUUCCCCCAUAUCACCCCAUACCCAUCCUCGCCCUCCUCGCCUCUACGCCUCACCACCAUGCCCAGCUCCUUCGCCCUAUUAUUCCGCUCCCAGACUGUUGCGACACGACAAGGGACGGGGACGCUCGAGGUGCAGACGGACCAGUAAACCUGACCGAUGACUGAUAACUGAUGGCGCCAACUGGGGGGCAAAAUUCAUCGACGGGGAUGAGCGGCAACGUAAAUACCUCGGACUUCCAAGUCGCCGCGUCGAACUCGACCCUGAACACCUGGUUUGGUGGUCGACAGCCCUCAUGGCUAACCGACGCCAAACCCGUCAAGCCUACACCGCGACCGCCAAAACCUCCGGGGCAAACGCUACAGUCUAAUAUUCCCACCCGCCUGGCGACGACGCACCAGCCAGCCUCAGCUCCGGUAUCGACCCCGGCCUCGACCUCGACCUCGACACCGGGCCCGCUCGGGCCACUUCGCCCUGAUCACCAACGCCCAUCCGUGCAGAUGCAUUCAUCGGUCCCGGCCGACGACACCGUCCUGCCUUCGCCUGCCCCCAGCGACGAGCCCAGCCCUGACGGGGCUUCAUUAGAGCCCCAAAACCCGCGUCCGACCGUCGUGGCUGACCUCGCGCUCGACGCCAGCAUCGAUACCCAGCAGGACGAGCCGACGAGGAGCCGAGCUAGUACGGCCUACGAACGAGCACGCUCGCGACAGGGCAGCGAAGCCUCGUCGGUCCCGACCGCGUCUACCCCUACAAACAUGGCCCUCAACACGCCUCCGACGCCGAACCUGCCCUCGUUCGACCCUGCCACUACGGCUCAGGACCAACCAGAACUUCCGCCUUCCAAGAGGAGACGUCUGACCGAGUGUCUCGCUAGGAAUCCGUCGCUUCAAUUCUUUGAGUUAUUCGAUCCCGCCCGAUCUCUUCGAGCCUACCUAGAUAGUAUCGGCGGCGACCGGAACUUAGAUAUCCAUGUGGAGCGGCCUCGAUAUCACCUAAUGGUGGAAGCGUGUAGCGAAGGGGAUCUAUUCUUCAUCGCAUUGCACCAACUCUUCUGCUCCUGGACGAGUUGCCGACCGGACGUCCAUCAGAUAUGCGGUGAAGGCGGGUACAAUUUGGCCGAUGUGGACAAUGGCUUCGAACUCAUGGGGUCGAUCCUCAAGAGUAAUGCAAAGCUGCGCCCGGAAUGCCUUGGCUGGUUCACGAGGUUCCCGGCCCCGCUGAAUACCAUAGUCAAGAAUCCUGUCUACGCCAUGGCCGUGAGACAGGUGCUCGAUUUUCUCGUAUGCAUAUCCCAUAAGUGGAUGGCAGUGCACCAGGAACAUCAACUCAAUAACUUUCCCCUGCUCGUGAAGGAACUCCUCGACAGCUUCUCCCUCUACUCCUCCAUCCUCCAGACGAUCAUGUUCCGAGCCUCGAGGAGAAGCCUGGGUAUCGCCGAUGGACAAAUCGCGACGCGGAUGGAGAAGGUUUUCCGAUCCGACCAAAAUAUACACCGCAACACUGAAGGCAACUUCGUCCGACGACCGCCGUCCGCAGCGUACCACAACUACAAUGUCUCCCUCGUCAAAGCUUACAGAGCUAUCAUAGCGGAGGCCCGGCGAGCGGAGGGCGUUCACCAGGCCAGCCAGCAGCCACUCCACGGGUCGCCUCCAGUUCCGCAGCAGAACUCGUACAUGCGUAUGAAUCCCGGCGAGACUCCCCAAGUGGCGCCUAGUUUGGAUCCGGCCGUCAGGGUCCGACCCGUCACAAUCCCGCCCUCUUCGUCCUCGUAUUUCUUGCCCUCAUAUUUCGCGCCCGGCCCCGUCGCCGGAAACCAAUUUGCAUUUUCAGGGUCGCUUCUCAACAGCCCUUUAAACCCCCUUAGCCCAGCCACGGCCGACACGACUUUUACCCAUCCCUCAGCAGGGGCUCAGUUGAUGAUGCCUCCGGAACCGACCCUACCUAGUGGCACGGCGAAUGCGAUAGUUGCGCCCCACGCCCUCUUCCCUCCGUCGGCAAAUGUCAAUGGUCGGAUGCAACUAAGCCAACCCAGCAGCUUAACGCCACCACUCCCGCGCAUUCCGCAACUUCAGCAUCAGUUCCCAGCGAGGCAGCCUUCACAGCAAGCUACUGCCUAUGCGGCGACAUCCUCGCCGCGGCCUUCUCCUAUCCCGGCGGGACGGCACCACUCUCCGCACUCUAUAUAUUCCACGCGGAUGGCCCAACCAGGUCUUCAGAGCGCAAGGGGCCGGCCUCUCGCACCGCAGCGCGCCGCGAAUCCGGUGAACGGAGUUCCGAUUGACGGUCGUUUUUCACCUAACCCUGCUGCGAUGAAUGUGUCGCUGACACCACAUACGGCACACUUGGUAAAUCGCAUUCAGGUCUCCCAAAUACGUCCCCGGGCGAUCCCGAACCCCCAAGCACGGUAUAGGCCCCCUCAGAGCGACCCGGACCGGAUAAUUCCCCCCCGCGGUUUACGCAUCAGUAUCCAGGAAUAUCCACACACCCCUUACGAUAAAAGAUCUCUCGAGAACGCUCUUCAUCAGGUCCAUCUCAGAAGUCCGAAACGGUUACCCCGAACAGUGGAUUCGACGCCUCCCGAACGGUACUACCAGGCGGUCAAAUGUUUUGCCCUCCCGCCGGUUGGGAUUCCGCCUCAACCAUACUUGCACAAGCUCAAAUUCGUCGUGUCGGAAGUUGACCACGCCAAGAUCACCAGAGAAGAAACCGUGCCAGGCGAGUCCCUACCCGUGAACUUGUUCUCAAAUGGUUCUCUGCGUAUCCGCAUCCGAUGUUGCCACUGGAAGGGGCCGUCCACCCCUUUUUCUGAAAGUGCCUGGGUCACUACUGAGACGUCCUGGCCCGAGCACAUCUUUAUGGAGCUCAACGGCCGUAGCCUCGCUAUCAUGCGGAAAGCCCAUCAUUCAAAGGAUCUCCCCGUCGAGGUGUCGUCGGUCGUCGUUCCGGGCGAGAAUACCCUAAGCGUUUUCAUCCCUAGUAGGGGUUUGACGUCAACUCUCGAGCCUUACAUCGCGGUCGAGAUAGUGGAAGUCCUUAGCCACAGUGCCGCUCUCCGUCUAGUCACGACCGGUGCUACUAUACCGCCCAGCGCAACACGGGAAGUUAUCAGAAAUCGGCUAUCGAGGCCGUCGGGCGAGACCACAGACGACGACGAACUUGCGAUAAUUAACUACUUGCCUAUUGAUCUAGCAGACCCCUUCUCUAGGCUUAUCUUUGACGUGCCAGUUCGUGGCCAGAGUUGUACCCACCUCGAGUGUUUCGAUCUAGAGACGUGGCUCAAUACCCGACUUGGCAAAAAGUCAUGCCACUGCAACGUCAAUUCGGAAUGCAAGGACUGUCCCAAAGAACCGUCCUUCGUGGACAAGUGGAAGUGUCCACUAUGCAACGGCGACGCGCGUCCCUACUGCCUUCGAGUGGAUGGCUUCCUCGCUGAAGUGCGCACGCGGCUGGAGCACGAGGGUAAGCUGCAUACGAAGUCGAUUCUCGUCCUCGCCGACGGUUCCUGGAAGCCCAAAGAAGAGCCGACCGGCGAGGAGAGCGACGCCGAGAGCGAUGAGGAGAGGGGUGCCCUACCAGAGAAGAAACCAACGCGAUCGUCCACGACCCCUCGCCAACGCGAAAGACCGCCGAUCGAAGUCAUCGAACUUGACGACGAUUAG